UGGGGCCCCCGGGCAAUAGGGGAUCAUGAGGCCCCUGUGUCCUUGCCCAAACUCAAAAAAGACUAUGAAAAAGGUACCAGGGGCAUCUCAUGGGGCCCCCUACUGACCCCGGGCCCUCGGGCAGUGCUUGAGUUUCCAAAUGGUCAGUCCGCCCCUGCCCUGUCAGCAGAGACGUUCCUUUUUCACUAUGCUCUGGAGAAAAUCCACUUGCAAAGUGCAAUUUCCUUGCAAUGUGAACAGCCUAUUUUCCCUUUAGUAAAU